GCACAGGGAUCUGUGUUCUGUAGCACGAGAUUUUCCCGACCAUUCGAAGCUGUGAGCGUGAAAAGCACACACCUGUACAGAAAGGUUAUUUCCAGCAGGUAAUUUUUUGAUCCAGCUCAGCCCACAGCUCCAGUGCCAGCUUUGGGAGAUGGUGGAAUUCCUGGAGCAGGUCAGGCAGGGCACGGAGCUGCCCCUUUCAGAGUCAGCCCGGGCUUGAAUUAGAUUGGCAUCACUACAAAGCCACAGCUACAGAAAAAUCAGAUAACAAUGUGCGUGUGUCCGUGAUGCGAGAUGGAGAGGAGAUAGUACGGUGAGGCUGUGCCUUGAGGCAGGAUGGCUUUCCUGGACAACCCCACCAUCAUCCUGGCGCACAUCCGGCAGUCGCACGUGACCAGCGAUGACACGGGCAUGUGUGAGAUGGUCCUCAUCGACCACGACGUGGACCUGGAGAAGUUCCACCCCUCCUCAGCCUGCGGGGACAGCGGGGCAGAGCCCCAGGGCAGCAAUGGGGACACUCAGGGCUACGUCUACUCCCAAUCCGUGGACAUUACCUCAAGCUGGGACUUUGGGAUCAGGCGCCGGUCGAACACAGCUCAGAGACUAGAACGUCUGCGGAAAGAGAGACAAAAUCAAAUAAAAUGCAAAAACGUUCAGUGGAAAGACAGAAAUACUUCUUGCUCAGCAGAGGAGCUGAGCUCACUGUUUGAAAAGAAGAAUUUUAGGGUGAAAUCCCCAUGUUCUGGGAAGCAGUCCAUCCUCUCUGUGAGACUGGAGCAGUGCCCACUGCAGCUCAACAACCCCUUCAAUGAGUACUCCAAAUUCGACGGCAAGGGCCACGUUGGUACAACGGCAACCAAAAAAAUCGAUGUCUACCUCCCGCUGCACACGAGCCAGGACAAGCUGCAGCCCAUGACCGUGGUGACCAUCGCCAACGCCAAGGUGCACGACCUGAUCGGGCUCAUCUGCUGGCAAUAUACAAGUGAGGGACGGGAACCCAAGCUGAAUGACAAUGUCAGCGCCUACUGCCUGCACAUCGCCGAGGACGACGGCGAGGUGGACACGGACUUCCCGCCCCUGGACUCCAACGAGCCCAUCCACAAGUUUGGCUUCAGCACGCUGGCCCUGGUGGAGAAGUACUCGUCCCCAGGGCUGGCAGCCAAGCAGUCGCUCUUCGUGCGCAUAAAUGCUGCUCAUGGAUUCUCACUUAUUCAGGUGGACAGUAUGAAGGUCACCAUGAAGGAUAUCUUACAAAAGGCCUUAAAGAGAAGGAAGGGAUCACAGAGAGGCUCAGGUCCUCAGUAUCGGCUGGAGAAGCAGAGUGAACCUAAUGUCCCAGUAGAUUUAGACUGUACCUUGGAGAGCCAGAGCACUUUGGAAUUCUGCCUUGUCCGGGAGAACAGUUCAAGAGGAGAAGAGGUGUCGGAGGAGGACCCCCAGAUCGACAUAGCCACGGUGCAGGACAUGCUCAGCAGCCACCACUACAAGUCCUUCAAAGUCAGCAUGAUCCACCGGCUGCGCUUCACCACGGACGUGCAGUUAGGUAUUUCUGGAGACAAGGUAGAGAUAGACCCUGUUACUAAUCAGAAGGCCAGCACUAAGUUUUGGAUUAAGCAGAAACCCAUUUCAAUCGAUUCUGAACUCCUCUGUGCCUGUGACCUUGCGGAAGAAAAAAGCCCAAGUCAUGCAAUAUUUAAACUUACAUAUCUAAGCAAUCAUGACUACAAACACCUUUACUUUGAAUCAGAUGCUGCUACUGUCAAUGAAAUCGUACUGAAGGUUAACUAUAUUCUAGAGUCGCGAGCAAGCACAGCCAGAGCAGACUAUUUCGCUCAGAAACAAAGAAAGCUGAGCAGGAGAACAAGCUUUAGCUUCCAGAAGGAGAAGAAGUCGGGGCAGCAGUGAGCGGGCAGAGCUGCGCGCGGCGCCGGAGCCGCUCCCCUGCCCGCGCCCGGGGCCGCCGCUCUGCCCGGGCCGGCCGGGAGCCCGGACAUCCCGUCCCCACGGCUGCCAGGCCGGCCCUCCUCGGCGCGGGGAGCCGCCCUGUGACAGACAUAAAGAGCCAUAUCAGCCGGGAAGAAGACUGUUACGCUUCAGGUUCCUUUGAUUAGAAAUAAGAGAAUGACGUAGACUGGCAUCAUUUAAUUACUGUAUUAUGUACAAUCACAAGAAGAGAUGUGAUUACAUAUUAUUUCACAGCCUGGUUAAAAUAAAUUAUAUACAUCUGUAAUCCACCCACGUACACGCAGGUAUUGCUUGUGACAUGAUCAAAUUUCUAAAAACAAAAUGUAGGACAAAUGUAUCCAUUUUUACUAUUAAUAAACAGAUGUAAUCUUUUUCAAGGUC